UGAUUGCAGCAUCGGCGCAUCCAUCCUCCUCCGCAUCAUCAACGGGACCUCACGAGAGAACCAUGAAUAAACAAAAAGCGGUUUCGCUGGUGUUCGUCGUCGUUGUCGUCUCGGGCGGGGGUCAAGCUGCUGAACUUCCCGAGCGUCUCAGAGAAGGCUCGGUAUCUGCAGACAUGUACGAGGCAUCGCCCGCAAUCGUGUCAGCCGCUGGUGCCGCUGCCGUGAAGAACACCAUAGUUUCGGGGCCCUCCUCGAAUAGCCCAUCAGUGAAAUCUCCAAACACCGUCAUCGUAGAUUCCGCUGCAGUGACCUCGGCAAUCGUUGGCGCCGCGGAAUCUGCGCCUGUCGUAAGAGUUGGUGUCGCCGUCGACAACCCCGCUAUCGCCGUUGCUGGGAAUCCCAACGAGACCGUUGUUGUGUACAGUCCAGAAGCCAACAAUGGAGAGCGUCGAGCCAUCCAGAAUUCAUUGAAGCUAAUUGGAAAACCGGCAUCGAUGCAAUCGACCAAAGAGACCCGUCCCGACGGCAAUGAGCACGAUGUGAACCCACGUCGAGACGAAAAAGUCACGCCCAUCAAGGAGAACACUGUUGCGACACACGCUAUCAAGGGAGGGGGGUCGUCGUCCCUGAAAGUCGCCGCACAGAUGGUCGGGGUAUAUCAGCACAACAAGCGGUAGUCGAGCCUCCACCAAUGAUCACCGGAUAUCGACCUCCACUUCGUCUCCUCGUCGUCGUCUCUCGCCCUCAGCUGGCCGACUCAUUUCCACACGACGGACUCGAGCGACUUGCUGGAUAUCUCAAUUGAUCUCCUCCAGCUGGGGGCAUCCCUCGGAUAUCUCCGGGCUAGCGACUCAAUGACCGUUUGCUUCCGACUAUCAGUGGAGGGUCAUGAGUUCCCCGAGAGGAACUACAGAGGAUGCCGUUCACAGCAUAUUGACUUG